AUGGCUUUCAUGUUUACACGUAUAGUUCGUAACGCAAUUAUCGCUAUCAUAGUGUAUAGUGUAAUUCAGUAUUUGUUGCGAUGGAAAUCGUAUUCCAUUUCACCGAAAAUGUUCCGUAAAAUUUCAGCAUUUUCUGUUGCAGGUAGCGACGGAAUUUGGAAUUUUAGGAAAUUACGGAGUGAUUUACGCCAGUCAUAUCCGCAACACAUCAUGGACAGCGAUUGGGAAGCAGUUUAUGGUGGAGGUUUGAAUCUGCGCAUAAAUAUUCUUUACGCAUCUCUGACAGAAUUCAUUGCUGUUUUCCAUGCACCUUAUAGAACGGCUGGAUUUGCUGGAUGGCAUUGGAUGAACAGUACAUGUACUGUACUGCAUGGGGAAGUGUUGCACACACAGCUUAGUGGAAAAAAUUUCCGACAUGGAGAAUUUGAGAAGCAUUCUUACGAUUUUGCACCGGACUCGUAUUUGGCAUGUUAUGGACGUGGUGUUGUGCCUUUUAGUUCGAUUUGGAUGGGUAUGGGUGCAGUGGCUAAUGGCGACCCAGUAUCAUUCAUAAAAUUGGCUUACAUCUAUAGCAAUGGCUGCGCCCAUCAUGUUAUACAUUCACUCGUAAAAAAAUUCAAUCAUUACGAAUCGAGGACUUUAAAAAAUGAGUUCUAA